AUGGCCCUGAUCAUCAGCUCCUCCAGACCACUCCUCACCAAGCCAGCACUGAUCACCCAGCUCGCUGAGGACGACGAACCAUUCCAUCUGCCCACAAACUUCUACCUCGACAUCUUCGACGACCACCACCCCUCACCACUACCAUCACCACCACCACCAGAACAAGAAGAACAAGAAGAAAAUAAUACCCAUCAUCACCCAAUUGAAGACUUCCUUGCUUCAGACCAUCACUCAACCAUCUGGCCGAACAAUCAUUAUCAUCCUCCAGGCUAUCAUCAAGAACAGACCGCUCCUUCUUCUCCGCUAAUCAGCCCAAACAUCCAUUUACCAGCUCCACCUCCACCCAUCCAAAACUUGGACAGUCCACCAACCUCUCCCCCUCACACUGAUUCCUACUUACUCCACGAGUCGGUAGCCUCAGAUCUCUACAACUUCUGGCCCGACCACUUGGAUGAUUAUUAUCUUCCAGAUCUCCAACAAACCCAGCCCGACCCAGAUCUCGCCCCUCACUUCUUGCACUCUCCUAAUGCAGAGCUCUCCACUCCCGCAAACCCGAGCGACCUCGACCGCUCCAACCCGCUCCACAACGUCGAUCUACUUCCAGCCGCCCGGGGCAAGAAGAGGAAGAGCCUCGACGGCCAGCUGCAGCAGUCCCUCCUCCAGCCGACCCCAAGAAAGUCCAAAGACUUCCGCCAACCCACCCGAGCUCCGAACGAACAUCUUGCCGGGCCAGAUCAGUCUUCCCCGUCGAUCGACAUCGAUCAUGAGCUCCUCCGAACCUCACCCUCCCUCACCGGCCACAAACGGAAGCUUCGGACUCAACAGGAUGGCCAAGCGCACCGAGAGCGUCUGGGUUCAGACGGCCCCUCUGGGCCGAGCAGCGGACCCAGAAAGCCAGGUGGCGGCCCAGUGCAAGCCGGGCGACUCCCGCCGGCACCGGCUGUAACCAAGGCGCCGACGGCGCGGUUGAGAUGGAAAGUACCUGCGCCUGGCUCGCUUGCGAUUCCGGAGCCGGCCGGGCCGAUCAAGAGCUACUACCCACGUCCAUGGGAAGAGGUGCAGAAGAAGGCACACAGGUUCGGCGCCCAUCCGUCCUUCGGCCAGCCCUUUGACCAGCUCGUCCGGGCCGACAAGUCCCAUUACGAUCUGCUGACCCAGGUCGUCACUCAUCGUUCUUCUAAACCCUCGCUGCGAUCCUCCGUCGCCCCAAUAUCGCCCGAUCUCGACCAUGCAAGACCGCUUAAUAGGAUCGGCGCCGGGCCAUCCCUCAUUGAGGCCGGGGCCGAGCGGGCAAGCGGAGGGUUUCAUCGUGGGGGGGCCAGUCCAACAACGGUCGACGGAGCUGCCGUUCACGGUCAACACGUUCCUGAGCGCGCGGGACUCGGAUGGGGAGACGCGGCAUUCGGCCGGGUUCUGAGAGCGGUGUUUGCGAGUCCCUCGGAUCCGAACCCGGUGCUCGUGCUCUCGCCGGCCCAGACCGGCCAGAUCCUCGACCAGAUCCGCCAGGGAAUGCGCCACGGCCACGAGGGCCUGGUCAAGGCCAAGACCGAACACCAAAUCCGCGACUCCUUCUUCCCCAACCUCGGGCUCUGGAAGGCCGUCUAUGACCGGCUCUUGGACUCGCCCGACCUCGACCAAGACUUGCUUCACAUCUUCCGGGCCUCCUCCUCCGACGACUCGGUCGGCCUGUCGCAUAGAACCUUACGAGUCCUGGAACGCUUCCAAAAGCUGUGCUAUCUGUUCAUGUUCUAUGUCCACAUCAUCGUCUCCAUCUCUCCCCCUCCUUCUCAACUCAUCUCCCAUCACUCUGCGCCUGCUGACCGGACCCACGAGGCGCUCACCAGGGCGUUCGAAGACUUCAAGCUCCACUUCAGAGCCCAACUCUCGAAUUCGCAGAGUGCCAAAGGAGGCCGCCCGCCCAACUGGUCCACCCUGGUCUGGCACGCCCUCGAGCAUUGGAUCCGCUCCGACCCCGCUUACGCCCAUCUCAUCCACUCCUCUUCUUCCUUCCAGAAACCCCCCGCGCUGGCAUCGGCAGGAUCCUCUUCCUCUUCCUCCUCUUAUCAAAUCCCCUGCCAACUCUUCUUCGACGCCUGUUUCGCUAAUUCUCUCGUCCUCUUCACUCGCAAGUUUAGACGGCUUCUGAAAUCGACUAGCUAA